AUGGCUCAGCAAUUGCCAUUUCAGCUCCGUCGCCCCUCGCUAUUCAAAGAUCAAUCCUGGGUCGGCGGUAACUGGGUUGAAGCAGGAUCAGGAAAGCGAUUUGACGUGACAGAUCCCGGAACUGGAGACAAUUGGGCCUCAGCACCAGACAACGACGCCAAUGAUGUUGAAGCUACCGUGCAGGCUGCCCACAAGGCAUUUCUCUUUUACCGCAAAAUUAGCCCUCGUGUGCGGUCACGGUGCCUGCUGAACUGGGGUACACUCAUCCAAGAGAACAAGGAUGAUUUGGCCAAGAUCGUUACAUACGAGACUGGAAAACCCAUCGCUGAGUCUUUGGCCGAGCUUGAUUACGCCCUGAAUUCCACGUGGUGGUUUGCAGGCGAAGCAGACCGGAUCCAGGGAACCCUUUUUGACUCUUCAACGCCUGGAAAAAAAGUGAUGACAAUCAAGCAGCCGAUCGGUGUGGUGACCGCACUGGUCCCUUGGAACUUUCCCAUCGCCAUGGUUGUUCGAAAGGCUGGGGCUGCCCUAGCUGCUGGAUGCACCAUGAUCAUCAAACCAUCUCCAGAGACACCGUUGUCGGUACUGACUCUUGCGCUACUUGCCGAGGAAGCAGGUUUUGCGAAGGGCGUUCUAAACGUUUUGACAACGAGCUUGAACAACACCCCUUCACUAACUGAGGCGCUUUGUCGUCAUCCUCUUGUCAAGAAAGUGACAUUUACCGGUUCCACCAGAGUUGGAAAGCUCGUAGCAAAGAUCUGCUCCGAUGGACUAAAGAAGGUCACGCUGGAGCUGGGCGGAAACUGCCCCUUCAUUGUCUUUGAUGAUGCGAAUUUGAACGAGGCGGCUGAUGCACUCAUGGGCCUCAAAUGGAGAAACGCUGGUCAAGCAUGCAUCAGCGCUAACCGCGUGUAUGUUCAGUCUGGCGUAUAUGACAAUUUUGCCGCUAUAGUCAAAGAGCGAACUUCGAAGCUUGUUGUCGGUCAUGGCAGCUCUGUGGCCUCAACCCUAGGCCCUGUUACUACACCGCAAAGUCUUGAUCGAGCAUUAGCACAGGUGGAAGAUGCCAAGAAACACGGUGCUCGAAUCUUACUAGGAGGAGAGAGGCUGGCGAAUAGCUCGGGAUAUUUCUUCAAUCCGACGAUUAUUGCUGAUGCGAAGAAGGAGAUGCGCAUAACGAAUGAAGAAACAUUCGCACCGAUUUUGACUCUGUACAAAUUCGAAACCGAAACAGAAGCAAUUCAGUGGGCCAACGAUACUCCUAUGGGCCUUGCCUCGUAUGUUUUCACCAAGAAUUUAGACCGAGCUUGGAGGUUGCUGGAUGACCUCGAGGCUGGCAUGAUCGGCCUUAACACUAGUGCAAUUACUGGUGCGGAGUCACCUUUUGGGGGUAUGAAGGAAUCAGGGUACGGCAAAGAGGCAGGCAAAGAUGUCGCUGUGGAGGAGUACCUCGUGACAAAGGCGGUGUCCCUAGCAUUAGAGAGUCGUCUAUAA